AUGCGCUGUGCGUUGAUUGGCUAAAACUGGAUGCGCCCUGGUGUUUCUUGAAUAAUGUGGCCAAACCUUUUAUUGAUAUGUAAAUCUGACCGUAUAAAUACCACCUACAAGCUGAAGGUACUAACAGCGUAUUCUGUCUAAGCCGUGCUAUUCGCUGGACUAUUUGCUGGGGGGGCUCUAUUGCGUACGCCUGCCAGCUGCCCCCGAGAAUUCCAACCUUAACUGUGGAUUACAAACACCGCUUUCUUCUUUGCCUGGGUUACAACUAACAUGGCCCCUGUCUUCCGAGCUAACAAAGCUGAAUGUAGCGCCGUUGAGGAAGAAUACUACGGGAUUAAAGGAGACAGAAAGGCAAGAAAACCUUUGGUAGAGAAGAAGAGACGGGCACGAAUUAACGAAAGCUUGCAAGAACUCAGGAUUCUGCUGUCUGACACUGAUUUACAAUCUAAAAUGGAGAACGCAGAGGUGCUUGAAAUGACUGUGAAACGAGUUGAACAUGUCCUCAGAAAUCGAUCCCAAGACGCUGACACUAUGAAUCGCGAGGCGAGCGAGCGCUUUGCAGCCGGUUACAUCCAAUGUAUGCAUGAGGUGCACAUGUACGUGUCCAGCUGCCCGGGCAUCGACCCUACGGUCGCCGCGGAGCUCCUGAAUCAUCUCCUGGAAUGCAUGCCUCUAAAUGAAGACAAUUUCCAGGACAUGCUUGUGGAUUUAAUGUCGGAUGCAUCCGACAGCAUCAGCAACGGCACUUUGCCUACCGGCAAUGGGAGUGGUGUCACUUUGGCCACAGUAGGGGGUACACGCGAAGUCACCCCCGCCUUCUCCCCGGCACCAUCCACUACAUCCAGCGACGACUUCUAUUCAGACCUAGAUGAAACCGAUGUGGAGCACAGUCAUAGUUCCUCAGAAGACCAUGCAGUCCAACCCACGACGGCGUAUUUUAAAUCUAUAUGGAGACCGUGGUAGGAAUCCAUCCAGGACCACAAUUUGUACCGAGAAGUGUGAACUACGUUCAUGUUUUUCAGUUGGAUGUUAUUCGAAACUUACACUAACAUGUUAUAUGAGAUUGACGGAAGUGAUUUGGGAAAGCAGCUUCCAGCACUGUUCCCGUCAGGACUGUUACCCGAUGGCUGUCCGUUUUGUAGGCCCAAAUAAGUUACCAAAUUAAGGCAAUUUUAACCGUUCCCAAGAACUUGGAUUUCCACUGAACUACAAACUUACAGUUAAAUACACAGAAAGUUAAGCAUUCACGGUUCUCUCAUAUUAUCGGCAGAAUGUGUUAUGAACUAUUUUACGCUCAGCAGAUGUGUGUCUCUGCCUUCAGUGAAGGUAUAGGUACGUUACUAACUAGAAAUAGAAGUUAUUUUUGAUAGACAUUAAUUGCGGGUGCCGCUAAUAGGUCGAUCGUGUAUUUUCUGUAUGUCUAGUGACUUGGUCUAAAAUGUAUUAAUAAACUAAUUUAAUUGAGAUAUACGUGAUUAGAUUCUAGUCAUACUGCAGAUUUGUUAAUUCGUACUUCUUAAGGUAAUUCUAUCCCAAGUAGGCCCACAUCUGUGCGGCAUUUUUUCACCAAUUCGCGAAUGUUCUGGAGCAUGGUGAAUCAUUUUCUUGUUAUACCGUUUUCAUCCACCAUCAUUUGUCAAAUAAACACGAACAGUAUUUACCAGUUGUUAUCUAUAGACUCAGAUUACUCUUGAAUGACCAUCUAUGCUGUGGAAAAAAAAUCAAAAUGUAUCGCCCUCCCUGCUCCAUCGACUGAUCAGGUACAGACCAGUAUCAUCAAAAUCAGAAACAUACAUUAUUGAAAACCGUUUAUGUUGCUCCCCGUCCUCGCUUUCAUCACACUGUAGACGGGCCACAAUUUCCUUUCCUAAAAAGCGCCGAAGUGUCGCCUUUUCUUCAAAGAGGGUGAUUGUUCGGUGUGGGGUCACACACGGCUUUGAACCAUGAAAGGUGAAAAUGACGUCCGAAUGCUGAGUCUUUAAUCUGCUGUUACUUAAUUUCACAAGCAACCACAUCGAAACGAGAGAAAAAAAGUAAAUGUACAUCAUACAAAGGUAUUGGUUUUGACACAAAAGGCAUUAAUUUUACGCCUGACAGUUGCA